AUGAUUACCAUAUUUUUGGAGUACAAAUUGGCAGUAAAGAAGAUGACAGGAGAGCAGGACAAUGGUCUAUAUGAGUACGAACUAUCAAAGGAUGAGUGGGCUGUCAUCAAGGACCUGCAUGACAUGUUACAGAUAACUGUUCUGAAGGAUGUGACCCUCUAUUUUUCAUGCUCAACACCCAAUCUUGCAACCAUAAUUCCUGCCAUGGACCAUAUCGAUAAGGUUUUUGCAACAGCAGCUCUUAACAAUGUCAAAUUUUCACCACCAAUGUGUGCUGCCCUUGCUAUCGCAAAGAACACUUUGAAUGUGUACUAUAAUUGUACAGACAAGUCCAAGGUUUACCAGAUUGCUAUAGACCUUGUCACCAGUGAGUUCAAGGCCAAGUACAAGGACAAGACACCCAAUGUGAUAGAGGUCAAUACACCAGAGGUACCAAGCAGAGAGAGUAGGAUCGCAAAACAUUCCCAGAAUAUGUUUGAUAAUUUAGACAGCACCAGACCACCCAAGCAUGAAAAGCUUCAGGAUGAGCUCACACAAUACUUGUCAACAGAUGUGAAGUUCAUGAGCAACAUUAUUCAAUGA